AUGGCUAGGGUUGCUACUCGACCCAACCUCACACGCGUUCGGAAGACAAUCGCUGACGCCUGUAAGAAGACUGACAUUAUUUCCUACGAUGGGCAAGAUUGGCCUGCAACACUCAUCAUCAACCGGUAUAUCUACACCUACGAUCUAUCGUGCCGAAAGGAUUCAUCUUCAGGGAAAUUCUGCGAUGAAAUCUUCGUCUCGUUCCUCAACCAGUCCCGCUUGACUGCCGCUCAGAACUGCUCCGACUGCAUGUUUGGAAUUGUUCAGAUCCAGCUCAAUUCACCCUUUGGAUACGACGAUGGAUUUGCUGAAGAUUUCAAAUCUGCUACUUCAAGUUGCUCUGCCACCAAAUAUCCGUUCACAUCACCUCCGUCCUGCGCGCUGAAUCCCACAACUACAGCUUCGCCUGUUCCUACAUACACGCCAACUUGCUCGAGUCCAUAUCCAGUCAAGGCCAAUGAUACCUGCAAUUCCAUCUCUCUCACCCACAAUGUAUCAACGUUGGGUAUAGUCAAUGCUGGCGGUUUGAGUCCAUCCUGCUCCAAUCUCCAGGCUGUCGGCCCUCUUUGUCUCCCAGCCCCUCGUCCAUUGUAUCUCGUGGACUACGACGAUACUUGUGACAGCAUUAUAGCAGCACACUCAACAUUCAAAGUCUCGCAGGCACCUAUAUCUGUGCUGUGCCACUCGAAGCCUUUCUGUCUUGGAACCCAAGUUUGGCUUUUGUCAACCCAUGCGCUCUUCAACCGGGUUUCAGCUACUGUGCUAGCAAUGGCACACUAUGACUCCGGGAAUCAAAAUAAUACACAAUGUCUUCCUGUUGAUCAUGGCUACCCUGGCACAGUUGGCAGCUGUUCGUGCUUCACCAUCAUCCAUGGCUAUGAUCGCAGCUCCUAUCUUUGCAAGGAUAUCACGGAUGACACACGCAUCAGUCUUCAGCAAUUGACUUCAUGGAAUCCGUGGGUUGGCGCGGACUGCGACAAAGGAUUGUAUGCUGAUCUGAAGGAUGGUGAUCAACGUCCCGUUUGCAUUGGCGUCAAUUCGACUGCAAAAGAUACUGCAUCUCUGGCAUUGUCUGGUUUAUGA